CCCAAUACUGCGCGACCGUGUCGGGCCACACUAUCACCCAGAAAAUCUGCCCAGCAAAAAGGGAAGCGCCGCAAGAUAGGCCUCAUGAAGAAAGCAUAUGAGUAUAGUGAGCUGUGCAAUGCUGAUAUCUGUGUUGGAAUACGACUCAGGGAAUUCAGUCAUAUUUUCACGUUUCUAUCCGACCCAACCAGGUUCUGGUCUACACUAGACUCACUGCUUGCAACAUACUACCCACUGCCGGUUCGCCAAACUGGUGAAAAUUUCAAAUCA